ACCGCGGCAGGCCAGCAGAGUAGCGCGAGUGCCGGUCGUGCGCGCCGCAGAAACCUAGUACUUUAUCCAUGAUUCUCAAGAUGAAAUCAUUUACAAUAUUAAUGUUCUCUCAUUCAUGUAUUUAAAUUGACAAAUAGUGAUUUUGUGAAUUGAUUUCGGAAAUUGGACUAUUUGAAAGUCGAUAAAUUUUUGGUGAUUCUGUCGGGGUAUAAAAAAAAAUAAUAAUCAAAUCUACGUAAUAGAGAAAUCAACGCUUUUAUAUAUGUAUUUAUAUAAAGGUGCUGAGAUUCUUCUCCGAAGACUAUAGAGAUCCAGAAUCCAUAUAGGCGAGAUAGAUUCGAGGAUUUAAUUGAAUUUAAGGUCUUCUUAUUUCUCGAGUCACUUGAAAUAUAUAGACUGAAAGGAGAUGGGUAAACAGAUUCUGUCAGUGAUUUCCAUUGAAAGUUAUUGUUUGUUAAACAAUUACUGUCUUCCACACCUUUGUCUUUUGUUUUCUCAAAAACAAUGUACAUGAAUCUUUGGUCAUUAAUUUCGUUUCUUCGCCAAUCGACAUUUAUCUGUCAUUGUUACCUUCAGAUAUUAAUCGAAAACAGAAAUGUGUAUUUUUUAUUUCCGAUUAAGCUUGAUAAAUUAUAUGGGAUAUCAUGGAAAUAUAUUCUGACGCGAGAAACUUUUCUCUUCUCUCACAGAUCACGACGAAGUUGGUAUACGAUUGAGAUCGACAAGCAUGAUUCAAUGAUGGAGGUGAUUUCAACACGUCGAUACGAAGCAAGAACUCAUCCUGGAAUUCUAGUCGAUCCAGAGAAAUCCAUAGCUACUGUUAAAGAAGAGGAAUGGGAGACGCGAAAGAAAAAGGAAAUAACAACAACGAGGCAAAUUGAGACGAGAGUGAAACGACAAGUUGUUCUCGAAGAUGGUGAGGUCGUCGUUGACUCUGGACCUCUUGUCACCACCAAUACGACUGAAGAUGUGGAGCAACAGGAGCAUACCACCAAGGAGAGACGGACGACCGGGGACGAACCCAAGGAGGUGGAAUGGCCAAUUGGAGGGAAAGGAGAAGGAAUAGUCCAGAAAGAGCUUAACGAGACGGUGGUGCGAAGUCGUGAAGAAAUCGAGGAACGUCUCGAGACCGAGGAUCGACAGCAACUUGGCGAUAUUUCCGAUGAGGCUUACCUGCAGGCAAUUCGGAGCAACAAGGGCGAUUUGAGAAUUGCUCUGGCGGAAUCCUCGAAGCAGCUUGCUCCACAAACUGGACCCCGAGUUGUGCACCAUUCGACGAGGUCGAACAAGGUCGUCGACACUGAAACAACGCUGGAGAGAAGUGAGCUCAAAGCAAACGGACAGAUCGUCACCGAAAAGAAGAAAACUAUCGAACACGAAGAGAUCAAGGACGACGAGGUACCAGACGGAAAGGAAGGCAAUGGGGAUAAUGCUUCGGAGACUAGAAAGGAAAGCUUUCAGAGAUUCGUGAAAACGAGAGACGAGGAUAUUGUUGAUUACGUCUCAGGUGGAGAAAGGAUUGCACGAGAAAUGCGCUACGUCUCGGAAACGACAGAAGGUGAACGAAUUGGAGAUUGGCCUCCUCCUCCGAGCACCAUGCGUACCCAUCGUCUUCAUAAACAAGGUUCCGUGGGAGAAGGAACUCCAGCUUCGAGGAAGGACGCUCUGACGAAAAAGCCCCUCGACAUGGAGGAAGAGGACGAGGCGAGAAAAUUUGAGACUUCAAAAUGGCUCGAGAGUCACUUUGGCAGUGAUUCGAGAUCAUCUCAUGGCUCACUGGAUGAGGAUCCUCCAAUUCACACUGGCACCAACACGAGUUUCAUCAACGUAACAAUGAAAUCAUGCAACACAAGAGAUCGUGAUUUUCAAAAUUCAAAUUCUAGUCGUCCACAACGUCGUACCUCUGGUCGAGAUUCCUCAUCUCCAGUUGGUUACUUUCAGGGAAUCAGCGAAUGGUCUGAAAGACAUCAGACUACUGAGAAAAAUAAUCACGUGAAAACCUCGUCACCGGAUCAGUACAUAAACGGAAAGUCAAAGGAUAAUUUCCCGUCGGAUAAUACGAGAAAUCACGUUGAGUCUUAUUCGAGAACACUAGAGACAAAACGACACCAGGAGAGGCAGGAUUCCUCGGAACAUCAGAGAAAUGGAGCUCCAUCGCCUCCUCUUCGACGAAGAGUUCGUGAGCAGAAGAAAUCAGAGGAAAAAUGCAGUUACGAGACGACGAAUAGGACAUCGAGUCCGGUGCUCGUGGUGCAGAGAACUUGGGAAAGUCGCAACAAAGAUGUACAAAAUCAGAAAAUGGAUCGGGAGAUUCGAAGGCAAAGUCCAGAAGUUAAGCCGAAAACGUUAUAUGUACCAAGAUCGCGAUCGAUUUCACCAAUUCCCAGAGCUACUUCUCCAAAGAAAGAUAAGAAAAUCUUUGAACAGGAAAAUACUCGAACUUCUAAGACUUCCGGACAAUCGAAAUACAAAAUUGGAGAAUCUUUUAGAAAAUUAGUUGGUAAAUUACGAUCGGCAAGCAGUGAGAGAAAGAACAAAAAAAGCGGAAGUUCAACGUCACAAGUAACGCAAACGGACGACACUCCAACUUAUAUGCAAUAUAAUAGUGUCGAUAAGAAUAUUCCCCUUGGUCCGGAUUAUGAUUUGGAUGAUAAACCACCUGAGAGGCCUCCACGUUCGCCGAGAAAUAAUACACCAGUCUCUCACAAUAUUAAAACCACAAAAAUGCAUGACUAUAAUUCCAAGGAACAAUGGCAUCGAAAUGAAUCUGUACCUCCUGUUCAAAGGUAUUAUUUAGGCGAAGAUCCCUUCGGAGGAAGUAUUUAUGGGAAGGAGAAGGGAUACGAAAAUUCAAAACCACAUGGAAGACAUCGAACAUCGGGAAAAUCGGGAAUUGAGACUGAAUACAGUGUCGAGUCAAAUUCUUUGGGCCGCUUUAGCAAAUCCGCCAGUCGUUUAUCCAGUGAAUAUGAGAGGGAAGAACAUUUUCGCAGUACUCAAACUUUACCCAGGAAGCUUCACACUUCCGGACAUUCGGAGCGUAGGCGACAAAUAUCCAGGAAUCAUCUCAAUGAAUCCAGAAUUACAAAGAAUCAAGUCAAUGAUUCACGUAAUGGAAAUCAUUCUAAUGAAUUUAAUGGAAUUCGUAAUGGAAAUCAUUUAAUUGAAAUUAGAGGUGGGAAUUAUUUGAAUGAGAUUAGAAGUGGAAAUAAUCAUUUAGAGACGAGAAAUGGAAAUAAUCAUUUGGAAAUGAGAAAUGGAAAUAAUCAUUUUGAGACGAGGAAUGGAAAUCAUUUUGAGACAAGAAAUGGAAAUCAUUAUGAGAUUAGAAAUGGAAAUGAGUCAAAAUUUGGAAGUUUGCUGUCAUCCAAAUUGGGUAAUAAUCAAAGAUACGGAAGUAUGAUUAAUAUUCAUUUUAAGAACAAUGUGGGUCAUGCAAAACCAGUUCAAACACUUCUUCAAGGUCCAACAAAGCCGGACAGAACUUAUAAAUCGUCUCUCUCACGCAGUAAAUCAUUCAAUGUCGAAGCAAACAGAAAUUAUUCCGAUCGUUAUUCGCCCAGCACUCAUUAUAAAUCCAAUUCACAAUUAAAUCGGUUAGACGAAACUCCUCCUUUGAAAAGUCCCGGAAUUCUAGCAAGUAUAAGUCGCAGUAACAGGGAUCUAAAACAGGAUUUUUAAUUAUUAUUCCAAAAAGAAAAGAAAAAUUAAAAUUUACCGUAUACGAACUUUUUAAGUAUUAAAAUUAAAUUUUAUUGCGAAAAAUUUACAAAUAGUUUUGCAGUCUUGUCUAAAAAUUAUCUGUCAAAUGAAGACAUUUUUUCACAUAAAGAAAUUAAAAAUUUAAUUAUAGAAUUAAAAAUAAAAAAAAGAAAAGAAAAAUUUUUAAAAAGAAUAGAAAAAAAAUUAAACAAUUUGGAAUUUGAGAAAUAUUUAAAACAAAAUUUAGAAAUUAAAGAAUAAGUUUGAAAAUAGGAAUAAAGAAAGGAAAUUUAAAUGUUCGAUUCGUCGUUUUGAAAAAAAGAAUGUUGAAAAGAAAGAAAAGGAAGAAAACAUAAUUUUUUAGUUUUAUUUAUUUUCGUUUAAAAGUUUUUAUUAAACAGAGGCCAUAUUUAAAGAUUCUUGUUAAUCAGCGUUGUACAUUUUCAAGUUAAUUAAAAAAAAAAUAUAUUGAAAAAUAAAAUCUCACACGGGUUUUUGAUAUCAUAAUUCCUCAGGUAGAAUUUUCUAUAUUUGUAUAAUACCGUCUCUCCUGAGUUAUUUUUGUUCCUACAAAUUUUUUGUUCCAUAUACAAAAUGCAUAGGUAUUCCCUUUAAAUAAUUGUUUUAUUCUAGUUUUAAUAUUUUAAUAAUAUGUAAAAUAAUAAAAUAG